UGAAAAAUACUAAGAUGACAUCUGAAAAUGAGAAGAAAAACACUGAUAUUCUUGUACAGGAAUUCGAAGAAUGGCAAAAAGAUGAAGAUUCGGAUAUAGUGUUUCUUUUAGAGGCUACAGUUAAGGACAGCGGAGGUGCAACCCUGAGUUUGUUGUUAGCAUGUGAACAUGAAUUCAAACUUCUUGUCCCUGCAGGGUAUCCUGACUAUGAAGAUAAUUUCUUUGUGGAAUCUGAUCCUGUUAUCAAGGAAUGGAGCUCAGCUUUUAAUGAGUUCCUCCUGGACACACGUCAGAAGCUAAGUUUACGGGAUGUUUUAACCAAAGCUGCGAGUCUACAUCGGGAGGAGAAGGGGCGUGGCAGCAGUAGUCCUGUCACAUCAGAGGAGGAAUUCAGUGAUGAUGCCAAAAUGGAAGAAGAAGAUGAAGAGGAGAUGAUUUUGGCAGAUGAUGAUGCUUUUACAACAGAAUGGGAUCUACACUUGGCUCGAAAAAAGAAACGAUGGGCACAAAAGGAAGCACAGAUCAGAGAGGAGAUGAAGAAAGCCCGAACUUCCCAAGGUGAGUAUGAGCCACUCAUCCAUGGCCUCUUGCUUGGAGAUAAAAAAUCCUGAUGUCUUUAUGAGAGGAUCAAUGUAUAAAAAAAGUGCAUCAACAAGACGAUUUAGCUAAAGGGCCAAGUGAGUUUAUGCCAUGGUGCGGGGUCCAACAUCCAUGGGCAUCAAUGUUUUCCUUUAAAUGACUUUUUCUC